CAGGAACAGCGAACGGACACUUUGGGAGAGAAAACCUCGACCACAUCGUUUGUGCGCCUUUACGCGCAACGCUGUCGGAAUCUAUUUUAUUUUUCCACGUCCACACCGACAAAUAACUUGAGUUUUGCUUAUUUUAUUUAUUUAUUUAUUUUUUAUUUUAAUUUCACCCUGCGCGGCUGCUCUCCGUGUGAACUUUAGGUCUCAUCAGAGCAUCAUUGCGCAGAACGCACGGAUAGCAAAGUGCGGAGUGGAGAAGUGAGUGACUGGAGAGACUCUACUGUUACUUUUUUAAAGCGAGAGAGAGAGAGAAAGAGAGAGAGAGAGAGAGAGAGAGAGAGAGAGAGAGAGAGAGAGAGAGGCGCGGGUUUUCGGAGCUUUCAUGCCGUCUUGCGCACUCUGAGAUGGACGUCAGAUUUUAUCCAGCUCCUCCUUCCAGCGUUGGCUCAUGUACGUUACCGACUGACUCCGGUUUGGACUAUUACCACUCCAGCAAGAGCAGAUACGGCUCGGCCGAUCGAGGUGUCAGGCUCUACAGCUCCUUGCCCAUGCGCCCAAACCCUGACGGCAAAAGACUGCCCUCUACUGGGUUUGAUGGUGACAACAUGUACAUGAAUGAAAACAAUCACGAGUUCCUUCCUCCAAACCAGAGCUACACAGGUCAGAGCGGUGGCAGCGGGGGAGGAGGUGGCAGUGGCGGCAACACCAGUGGAAAUGGAGCCAGGGAUGAAGACUACGAGAUCCCCCCUAUCACUCCUCCGAACCACCCUGAACCUCCUCUUCUUCACCUGAUGGAGCAUGACUCCACAGGCUACUUGUGCCACUCGCUACCACACAAUGGGCUCAUCAACCCGUAUUCCUACCCGGAGCUGCCCACACUCAUGAUGUCAAACAUGUUGACGCAGGACAGCCACCUCGUCUCCAGCCAGAUGCCCUCGAUGCAGGAGAUGGCUUUGCACCACCACCACCAACAGCAACACCAUCACCAGCACCCAGAUGGCGCGCAUUAUGACCCCGCUCGCACCCACCCCCUGAUAAACAACUCACCUACGAUACUGCCACACCCCAUGAGUGCACUGUCCCAGCUAAACCCUCAGGUCAGCCGGAGUGCACUGCCCCAUGGUUCCCCUUCACCUCCCGGGAGUAAAUCCGCCACACCCUCUCCCUCCAGCUCCAAUCAGGAAGAGGAGGCAGAUCCUCAUUCAAAGAUCACAGGCGAGAAGCGACCAUCUUCAGAAAUGAUGAAGCCCAAACCCAAACCCCAAAAAAAGAAAAAGAAGAAGGAUCCCAAUGAGCCUACGAAGCCCGUGUCGGCCUAUGCCUUGUUCUUCAGAGACACACAGGCUGCCAUUAAAGGGCAGAACCCCAACGCCACUUUUGGAGAUGUAUCCAAGAUAGUCGCCUCCAUGUGGGAUGGACUGGGAGAGGAACAAAAACAGAGCUACAAGAGGAAAACAGAGGCUGCUAAGAAGGAGUACCUGAAAGCCCUGGCCGCCUACAGAGCCAGUCUGGUUUCCAAGACAUAUAAUGACCCCGUGGAGACAAAAAGUGCCCAAACAAGCCAGGCCUCUCCACACAUGAUGCCAGCCAACCCACCCCUGUACAGUGUGCCACCUCCCCCACAGCCAUCGUCGCCCUACCUGGGGCCCGGGGCGUUUCCUCUCACCGACCUGCAGAGCUACGCGGGUCACGCCCCUCGCCACACCCUGUCACAAACGCUCAGCCAAUCGCAGAUGUUGCCCAGCAUUAGUGCCUCUCCCCCUUCUUCCUUCCAGAUCAGUCCACCGCUUCACCCCCACCAGCAGCUCUCCCUGCACCAGAGCUCACUCCUCAACCAGCCUAUCCGCAUGCAGCAGGUCCAGUCCCAGCCAAUCAUCUCCCACCAGAUGGGCCUGCAGGCCUCUCUGCACUCCCCGCCUCACGGGCAGCAGGGUUUUUCCCAUCUCCAGCCAGAGUAUCAGAAGAGCAUUGGAGGUUCCCAGUCUCCAGGAGCUCCUGGCCCUGGUCCAGGCCCCGGAGUGCCUCAGAACCACGAUUGGGACGGUGAAUACUGCAAUCGAGAGUGUGGAAACCACUGCAGCGGCACCAUGAUAGGCAGGGACAAGCCUCUCUACCUCACCUGAAAGCAAAGACGGCGCCCCUUCUACCAACGCCAGACCAAGGAGUCAAUUCUCAGCAUCCAACCCCCGCACCCCACCUCACCCAACCGCACCCAACCUGCCCUCUUCUGACGCACACGCUCUCACACACUUACCUACAGUUACACACACACACAUCACCUCCCCAAGCUGCAUCGCCGCCACAACCAUGCGUUUUGUCAGUGUGACUAUUAGUAUUUUUUUCUCAGUUUCUAGCAGAGUUCAUGAGCGGAGUCGGGAUUUUUUUUUUUUUUUUAACUAGAUGACUACUGUCUGUACCACUUAAUGUAUGUAUUAGCGGUUCUCUUGCUGUUUCAAUUUGCCAAACACUUAUGACGCGUCCCCUCCUUCCUGCUCCCACAAGCCCUUUGGAGCCGUGUUUCUGCACCCUGUGGAGAAGAUGUCGGGGCGUGGAGCGCGUGCGCCUCUUCUGUGUCCCCUCAGGGACCCCAUCCAGCUUUAACUACAACAAGAAGGGAGGAAAAACAACUCUUCCCCUUCUUUAAUGAUUUUAAUUUCCCUUUGUUAUUAUUAUUAUUAUUUUUCUUUUUGUUGUUGUCUUAUUUAUUUCUGGCUUACAAAUUUUUUUUAUUUUUUUUUUGCCAAUAAGCGUUGGGAACCGUACAGUAGAGAAAUAUUAACUUUUAGUAGGUUCAGCGCAGGCCUUGAUGUUACGGUAGCUUUGCUUAAGGGCCUGAAAAUGAAUAGAAAACAAGCUCGGGUGGGGAAGGUAACACAAAAUGUUUUUUUUUUCCUAUAAUAAAAAAAAAAACAGGCUCAUCGAGGUCUAUGGAGUUGUCACAGUGUGAUUGUAAAUAUGAAUUUUAUGGGAUCAAACUGAAUAAUUCGAAGUCCAGACAGAUUUGUUGCUUCUUUAAUAUUACAUGUAAGUCAUUGUACGUGCACGUGCGUGUGGACAUUAGAAUGUACCCCGUUCGUGACACGAGCGUGCAACAGCCACGUUCUGGAGCGCCGUUCCUGCACAGGGCGCGCAGCAGAGCGUUUUUUUCAGCCGUCGGGAGCGUGGAGUCUUUUCUCGUGAAUUUUAACAGCCUCGUGCAGCUGGAUUUCAGAAGAGCAUUUCACACUCUCGUUCUCGCAUUAAAUCUGUGCUCACUGGUGUGUUUUUUUCCCAAUGAAGUUCAAUCUAAAACUGAAUACACAAUAUGUGUCCUGCAGAUCAUUAAAUGGAAAGAGUCGGCUGAGAAGGAGUGAGAGAGAGAGAGGAAUGAAAGAGAAGGUGUGAGAUAAAAUGAAAUAUAACAUUGCAGGUCUGCCUCAAAGUGUCGCCUCCCUUUUGUUAUUUUGUCUGACCGUAAUGUCAGUUCUGUCUCUUCGACAUGCAGAAGUGAAGUAAUGAAAUAUGUGAAUGGAGCCAUCGCAUCCACAGACAGUGAUUUUCUUUUUUUCUUUUUUGAUAAGUUGCUAGUGUUUGGUUGUGUUGAUCUUUUUAAAGUUUUGUGUGAUUAACAGAAAUGCAUUUUGCUGACAAAGACAUCUGUUUUUAUCUCUUACUGUAGCAUCAUUUCAGUUUUAGUUGUUACAGAAAUAUAACAUUUUAAGUUGUGUAAAAAAAAAACCUGCCAAUUGUAGUUAUUUUAUUUGUAAAGCCGGUAAUGAUUAAUAUUUUAAAUGGUUAUCAAUAUAUUGUUUUCACUAGUUCCCCAUCAGCUGUUUGACAGGUUUUCUUAUUUAUAUAUAUGAAAAAAAAAGAGAUCACUUUUGCUUCUGACAACAGAGGUGUAUCUUUAUUCUUAUUUUUCCUUUGGUUUGAUAAAAUCACCACAAUUACCUGGUUGUUUUGUACAUUUUGGGUGCUGCUCCUUUCUUGCCAGCAGCAUCUGUUUGUGUCACAAUGGCUCUUUUAUUUCAAACCUGCAUAAUAAAAAUGAUUACAAGUGAAAA